AUGGCGACCUCAAGUAGUGCAGGCGUUGGCGACUACAUUGCUCUAGGACUUGGAGUCUCUAGCACAACUCCAUCGACAACCUCAACCUCCACGACUUAUAGCCGUACCAGCAUGAAUACGUCUUCCAGCACAUCACAGAACGCCACAAGAACUGCCUCUGCGACACUUGGCAACUUCACAAGCCUUUCGAACACGACUCUCAGCAAUACUACGCUUGGCGUAUGCUACGAUCAAUGGAUGUCAUACUGGAACUCUUCUUCGUCCUACGGAGGUAACAGUACGGUGACCAUAUUCCCCACGUAUACAACAACUACUUGGUCCGGCCUCACAACUGAGACCGAUGCCUACACCGUCACUGGAGGCACGUUCACUACCACGUACGACCUUACCCAAAUAAUGACUAUCUCUGCCGGCGCGUUCAAUUACUCCGUCAUUACCGAGACGUAUUCUGGCGUCCAAACGUAUACAGUCACUGCGUCAUCUACAGCGACAACCCAAACGUGGACCGACUAUUCCGAUGUCGAAAGCACAGCGACUGUGCCACAAGUGAUGACCAUUACGCCACCACCUUGUGCGCUCCCGGGCCUUGUACCGCAGUGUCAGUCGAGCUGGAUGAGCUUUCUGUCUGCAAGCACGAACUACAACCCGCCUGUCUGUCAGAAUGCAAAUAUCGAUAGCGAUCUAUGUCAGUCGUUUCAGGACAAAUACGUGGUGGAUAACAAGUGGUUGGACUCGGCCCAGUUUGAUGGGUACUCCAAAGGUGUCAUCAAUGGCACUGCUGCUGCUAGUGGCGUCCAAGAAUGGAUCUGGCCGACUUGGUCUACUCUGGCGCCUAGUUGCACUCUAGGUUGUGCUCGUUGCGGCAUCACUGGAGGCGUGGUGCAGCUUAUGUAUUGGCCGCCGAACACCAGCUACAACACCGAUGCGGGUCCCAUUACAGUGUCGAUAGACGAUACUACCUUGACGUAUCCAACGGUGUACGUAUCAUAUCACGAAGUCUCCGCCUCGGAUUCUUGCAAGGCGGUCGGCCCGACUAUUAGCAACACAAUUGUUGCAAUUACGAACUCUGCGGACAUAUCGAGCAUCUACGCCCAGCCAGACGAUGGCGCACAAUUUGACAUUGUCGCCUUCGAUGUCGUUCGGACAGAAGUGGCAUCCUUCAACCUAGCCGAUCUCCAAGAUACCCCAGCUUCAGUCUUUUCCCGCCAGAUAUGGUGUGUUUCUCUGAUGUCAAUGCACGCUGCUGGAUACGAGAAUGGCGAAUACUAUACCGUGGGAGACAAUGGCGGGCUAGGGGCGCACAUUCCAGUUCAAUACUCUUGCCCCACGACAUUACCUUACAACCCGAUCCUCUAUCUGCCUGCGAACGUGCUGCAAAGUAUGAACCCGGACUGGGCUACGUGCAGUGGGGAUAUCAAUGGUGUUUACGAUCCUCCCACUGCGCUGCAGCCGCAGGCUACCGAGGAUGGUGUCACAUCACCGAAAGCGCUUACCACCACUCCGGCUUCACCGUCUUCGCCAGUACAGGCUCCGACAGUCUCUGCUACCCAAACUAUCAUAACGGCGCAGGCAACGAAUAGUGCGCAACCUGUGGUGAUUGGGUCAAGCCCGGCCUUGGCUCAGACACAAGCCUCACUUUCUGUACAGUCCGGACCAUCUGGCUCAAGUGUUUCUGAUCCCCAGCAGUCUUCCGCGUCUACUGUCAGCCAUGAACAGAGUGGAGGUGGCAGUGCACAGGAUCCAAGUUCGCCACAGUCGAGCAAUAACGUCGAUCCUGGAGUGCUGAUCUCGAUCGUGAGUCAAGUCGGAGGGAGUCCUGUCAGCAGCGGUCCGCCAACAGCGACACCAUCGACCAAUGCCUUGUCUGUUUUGCAAUCUGCUGCCGAUCCCACUGCCACUGCGGCUCAGGCUGGCGGUAACGGAGUCUUGUCUGGACAAGCUUCGAGCAACACUGCUGCUGGUAAUCCAAAUCUGGGCACCAGCAAUGCGGGCAAUGGGCAGCCCAAGACCAUCAGCGUUGGGAGUAAGGCUGUCUCAGCCGUCAACGUUGAUCCAAGUCACCUCGUAUUGCAAGGCAGUAGUACCUCGGUCACUCUCACAGUAGGAGGUGCUGCUAUGACGAUCGAUGGCCACGCAAUCAGCGCCGCAUCAUCGGGAAAGUUGAUCAUGAGCGGUGCUCCCGGGCAGUCUACCAUUGUGCUGUUUCCAGCAGCUCCGAAUGGUCCUGCCGCCACGAGUGUCACUGCAGGAGGCCAGGUGUAUGCGGCAAGCAGUCUAGAUGCCAGCCAUGUUGUGGUGCAGAACAGCGGUGCUUCGAUAACAUUGGCGGCUGGUGGGCCUGCAACGACGAUGAAUGGCCAGGUACUAAGCGCUGCUUCAUCAGGACGUCUAGUAAUAGGUGGAUCUGCCGGACUGUCGACAAUCACAGUAAGUGCGGCGUUAUCUCCUGGCCUGACAGCUGUAGCUACUGCGCAAGACGGCCAUGUGCUCAGUCUAGUAGCGAGUAGCGGCAUUGUUUACGUCCAAGAAGACAAAACAACUUUUUAUCUUGCAGCCGGUCAUACAACUGUCAUCGAUGGUCAGACUAUCGGAGCUGGACCAGGAGCAAGCCAAGCAGUCAUCGAUGGUACACAGACGAUCAAACUCACCAGCCAGACGAACAAUAGCCCGACGCAUCUAAGUGCAGCCGCGGCCAUCAAGGCGGGUAAUGGUGCGAUCUUGAACGUAGCAAUGUUGCAAAGCGGAGUCGAGGUAUGGGAUGGAAGCAUGACAGUGCUGCUCACACCAGGAGCAGCUACUGUAGUCGAUGGCCAGAUCAUUAGUGUUGAUCGAAGCAGCAGUGGUGUCGUCGUUAUUGGAUCGUCGACGAUGAGGUUGGAGACCGGUAGUGUAACGCAGACGGGACCAUCUGGAAGCACGACUAAUAUCGCCUCUUCGAUAGGCGUCGCAGCGUCUAACGGUGUGAACGGCUCGAAAACCCCCGCGACCUCGACAAGAGCGUCGUCAGCAGCAGGACGGCAAACUAUUGAUGAGUUUAUGCUUGUGCUGAGUCUCGCGCUGGCCUUCCUGGUUUUAAUUAUUUGA